AUGCCAGAUAUGAGUUUGUUUCCAAAGCAGGACAAGCCUCUCCCUCCAUCUCCUAUACAUGCUAAGCAGCUGGUCAUCUGUUCAGGAACGUCUGAUUGGCCCAGCAAAAUCGAUGGCGAUACUACUAGUUUGGCUGGUAUAAUUGGUGCUUCCAAAAGAACCUUGUUUCGUCCUCAAUAUCCGGUUAUGGUGGUCAAUUGUGACUUGCCGGCCACUACAUCUUCCAAGUCUCCUAAUUCAGCAUCUGCAUAUUUAUUUCCUGACAAUUUAUAUUUCGAUGAUAUCCCACUAGACAAAGUUGACAAAUUUUUUGAAAACUAUGUGCGACCUAGCUCAACAGAGGCUGUUCAAUCAGAAGAUAUUCCAAAUCCCCGGCCGGCAUCGCCAUUAAUUUUGAUAUGCGGACAUGCCUCUAGAGAUGUUCGCUGUGGAGUAAUAGCUCCCCUCUUAGUAGAGGAGUUUACAAAGGUUCUUACAGAAAAAGGGUUAUAUUUUGAUGCCGAAACCAAUCCUACGGGUAUAAGAGUUUCAGUUUCUUCUCAUGUUGGAGGCCAUGCCUUUGCGGGUAAUGUAAUAUAUCAUCCCUCAGACUCUUCUUCUGCUGCCCUUCCAGCAAGCGUCUGGUAUGGUAAAGUCUUUCCACAUCAUGUCCAGGGCAUAGUUGAAGAGACAAUUUUGAAUGGCCGAGUUGUUCAACCACUUCUUAGAGGCUAUGGCCCGCGAAAGUGGUAG